AAAAGCUAUCGACACUGAUUUAAAUCAGACUUUUGUCAAUAAGCACCGGAAUGGAUGUAUGCAUGAGGAAAUAUUUGUUUUACGAAGUCGAUGAAUUAUAAUUCCUUUCAAUAACAUCGAACGGCUUCGUGUUAUGCAAAUGAAAGUUGGAAAAAAUGUAUUGCACCAUAAUAUUCGAGAAUGGUGAUAUUAUUUUCGGAACAAGACUGUGAUAUAUUUAGUGCAAACUUGUUAUUUUAAAUUGAUCGACAAUCGAGGUAUACCCAAUCAAUCUAAGCACAAUUACAUCCAGGAUAAAUGGGAAACAGCAAGUUUUAAAUGAAAAAAGAAUGGAAAACAGGACUUCCUUUUUUAACACAACGUCGGUUUUGGAAACAAAACAUGAGUCAAACGGUUUGCCGUUAUUUGCAAAGAUCACGAUCACUUUGAUGAUCAUCGUAUCAAUUGUGGUUACUGUUGGAAACAGUCUAGUCAUCGCUGCUAUCGUGAAGUUCGAGAGACUACGAGACAUAACUGGCGUUUUCAUCGCCAAUCUCGCCAUUGCGGACCUUAUCAUCGGCGCUUCUCUUCCCUUUCAGAUUGUGUUUUUCUUCUACCCAUCACUUGAAGCCAACAGAGUGGCUUAUAUUAUGGUCGGGUUAAUCUGGACUGUUGAUGUAAUUUUUCAAUCCAUUCCUCUCUUUGGUGUCAACGACUACGACCAGUCACCGUUCUGUCUAUACGAGCUUGUGAUGGACAAAUGGUACAGAUGCGCAAACCUAGUGCAUGGGAUAGUGCUGGCGUUUAUAAUGUUCAUGCUAUACAUGAACAUUUUCCUUAUUGUCCAUAAGCACGUGAUCAAAAUCCAAUCCGAGGCCAUCGUUCAAUCCGAGAGCCACCAACGUCAGGUCUCAAAACAGAUGAACACGUCGAUAGCUAUGGUGGUUCUGUUCUUUCACAUUUCCUGGCUACCGUUCUUCUUAAUUCAGCUAACGAUGCUAGACGUAGGUCAAGUGACGCAGAUCAAGGUGAUGGUUGCAAACUUUCUCGUGUUCCUUGGCAUUUUUAACUCGGUUGUCAACCCAUUUGUGUACGCUUGGAAAAACAAGGAAUAUCGACGGGCCUUUAGGAAGUUACUCGGAUUGAGCGUGCGAGAUGAGGACAGUGCGGUCACCACUAUAGCCUAAAUAAACGACACUACAGCCAUGCACUAACCAGUAGACGAACGUUUUUUUUUGUAUGGGCCCUGUGUCGAGAGCGUUGAAGAAAAUGACUGGAAUGGACAACCACUGCCAUACAAUCCUAAACAAAUUCCAGCGCAAUAUGGGUUACCGUUUUGAUUAACUUUUAUACACUGAUCAAUUGUUUAUAGCAUUA